AGCAUUCAGAGUUAAUGUGCAUACAGGAAGUGCGGUUGUGCAUCGAAAGUGAAAGUAAUGCAAACUAGGGAGGAUUCAGACAUUGAGCACGAGGCUGUACGGUUGGAUUCAUGGAAAACUUCGACAUCUUACCUCAGAGAGAAAUCCCUGAAGCUCUCUCUGUGCCACACAGAUCAUUGAAGUUGAAGCAGAAGACACCGAAGUAAUGAAACAUGGCUUCUACAACACAGUCAGCUGUAGAGUACGUCAGGGGGGCCAGAAUCCAUCUUGUGAAAACAUUAAAGAAUCACUCAGUGAUUCUAGAGAACUUGAAACAGCAAGGAGUGUUACGUGACGAAGAGGUCUGCAGAAUACAAGCAGAAGGGAAUGACUACGAUAAAAACAGAAAACUUAUAGACUCUGUAACCGAUAAGGGGGAGAAAGCCAGCUAUGAAUUCCUCAAAAUUAUUGACAUGACGAGGAAGAGGACCCAUGGGAGGACAUCCCUUUUCCCUGAGAAACAGACUGUAGCUUCUGCUGAGAGCAAGAUGUUCGACCUGCACCACUGGAUCAGCUGCUUCCCUUUCAAGGAAGACACACAAAUGGGAAAAAACUACCUACAAGGUCCAACACCGUGCCACCGUUACCAGGCAAAGUUGAAGUCAAAAGCACAAAAAAUAUCAAAAGCGUUUUGGACGGCAAACAAAGAUCUGUUUGAAGGAAACAACAAGCCUGAUCUGUCGUACAUGCCACUUGUAUUGGACACACAAGGAAGGGUUUCUGCCUCUAAAAUAAAGAAAUUGAAGAGCAAGAAAAGCAGGAUGAGCCGUUCUAAAAAGCUAGGGACCUACAUCCCUAAGGACAAAGCAGACAUUUCUCCCAGUGACCUGCUUAAAACAGAUAAAAACAUACUCUUGGUUGGUAAGUCUGGGAUUGGAAAGACAGCACUCGUUCAUGAAAUGUUAAAACUCUGGACAGAAAAAGAUGACAAGGAGCUAAACUACAUGUUUUACUUUGACAUGAGAAAAAUAUCCAACAUCAAGAGCCUGGAGGACCUUCUCUUCAAUGAGUUCAGUGAGCCAGAUGAAGGCAAAGACGAGGUCUUACAGGACAUAAAGAAUAACUCUGACAAAGUUACACUCAUUUUUGAUGGAAUCACAGAUCUGUCUUCACCAGUAGUGAAGAGACUUGUUGAUAAAGAUUUGCUAAAGGAUUCCAUGGUCGUUUUGACUUGCAGACCAGUGGAUGAAGACAACCUUGAAGAAGACCUUCCUUCUGAGGACUUUGAUAGAGUGGAAGUGAAAGGCUUUAGUGAGCAGACCAUAAAAACAUACAUAUCUGCGAUGCUACGUGAGGGAAAGGAGAGGGUUUUGAGCAACGUGGAGUUGUUAACGCUUUGUCAUGUACCGAUGUAUGCACUGAUGGUGACUGCAUGCUUUUCAUUUGAGACAUCAGAGGACUUUCAAAAGCCUUGCUGUAUAACUGAUAUCUACAUCAACAUUUUCCGUUUUUGCCUCAAAAGAAACACAAAAAACAUUGAUCUAAAUGCCUUCAUCAAAAGCAAGAGUGAGGAGAUACUGUCUUUGGCUGAGGUUGCUUUUCGUGCAACUGAAGAAAAAACUGUGAACUUGACACUACCUCCCUUUGCAGACAGCUGUGUCCUCUCCUUGCUCAAACAACUUGCCAUCAAAGUCGCCCCUACUGAAAGUAUAACCACCUAUGCAUUUCUCCAUUACACAAUGCAGGAGUUUUUUGCAGCACUGUGGCUCUUGAAGAAUCCAGAUUUAAUCAGUAAUGUUUUUCAGCAAUGCCUCACUGAGAAGAAGAAGCACAUGAAACAUCUGAUCCCUUACAUGUGUAGGUUGUUGACUGAGGAUAGCCCUAGUUUGAUGAAGUAUCUGAUUCCUGUUGAGGAGCUCAAGAAUACAUCAAACUGGUUCUUCAAGAAAGUGAUUUCCACAUUCCUUCCUAGUCUGUGUGAAAACGAUGAGCCUGAUACUGAGGACAGUGGGCGCAUACUGUUCCUAUGCCAGUGCUUGUAUGAGUCCCAGUGUCCUGAAGCAUGCAUCGACCUUCUGGAAAAACUGGACUAUCGUCUUGACCUCAGUGGAGAGAGUCUCGAUCCUUACCCCUGCUGUGCUGUGGCCUACGUGAUCACUCAGUCCAAGGAGAAGAAAAUAUGGCUGAACCUUGAGGACGUCACGAUAUCACAACAAGGAAUGAGACCACUAUUAGGAUGCCUUCAAAACGUCCAAUGGUGUGAUUCUCUGCCACGGCAGCUGUGGAAGAUCUUCCUUCUCAGCGAAGGGGAGAUGGACUACAUCACCUUACUUGGCCUUGAUGGAAAUCAGUUGCACCUUCCAGUGGGGGGGGACAGAAAGCUGUUUGAAAGAGCAGUGACAGUCCUGCAGAAGAUAAGUGAGAAGGUUAACAUCUGCCUCCACUGGGAAAGGGAGACCCCUGACUGCCACAGUCUGUGUGAGACUCUGCUAGAGGCUUUGCCCUACGUCAGCUCACUCAGCUUCAGGAUGACCCUCAGAGGUCCAGGAUUACAGGACCAGGAGCGAUGCUAUGAGACACUGAAGAGACAAGAAAAGCAGCUGUUUCUGGAUUUAUGCCUGAAAGCAGCUACUCACUUUCAAGGAGAAAGUGUUCACAAUGAAGUGAACAACCUCAUCUUUCUGUUUUCUUUUAACUAUGAUAUGCAUAACAUCCUUCUGGAUUUGUAUCAACAUGUCAAAACUCAAGAGAAUUUAGCUGUCAUUCAAAAACUGAAGCCAUUUUUCCAGUCAGUUCCUGCAUUUUGGUUCAUAAACCUCUCAAAGAGAAAGACCUCCAUCCUGCUGGAAGUGCUGAGACUCCAACCAGAGAAGAAACAAGUGGAGCUGAGACGCUGCUCAGAUAAAGAGAGUGAAGUGAGGACUUUGCUGCAGUGUCUGCCUUAUAUCUCAAAGCUCAGUUUUGUGCCUCAGUCAUCAGAACCUUCAGGUGAACUCCAGUUCUUUGGGACUCUGUUCUGUGCAGCAGCAGAGAGAGAGCAGCAGACAGGAGAGAAGACACUGCUGCUGUUGUUAUCAGUGUGCACAUAUCAAACAAUAACUUUAACCGACAUAGUAUCUUAUUAUUUGAAGAGGAACCCUCAGUGUGAUUUCCUGCUGGAUCUGUACUCCCACCUGAAGGACUAUGAGACUGAAACAGGUCUGAGUGUCCUUCCAUCGUUAAAGUCUGUUCUCCAGUCAGCUCCUGCAGUCUGGAUCAUAGCCCUCUCAAAGAGAAAGAGCUCCAUCCUGCUGGAAGUGCUGAGACUCCAACCAGAGAAGAAACAAGUGGAGCUGAGAGGCUGCUCAGAAGAAGAGAGUGAAGUGAGGAUUUUGCUGCAGUGUCUGCCUUAUAUCUCAAAGCUCAGUUACUGUCCGUGGUUUGGAGUCUCAGGUGGAGUCCAGUUCUUUGGGACUCUGUUCUGUGCAGCAGCAGAGAGAGAGCAGCAGACAGGAGAGAAGACACUGGAGCUGUUAUCAUCAGUGUGCACAUAUCCAACAUUCCCUCUUCCUCACAUAUAUGAUCCUGAUGAUGGAGAAUAUCAGAGUGGUUUCCUGCUGGAUCUGUACUCCCACCUGAAGGACUAUGAGACUGAAUCAGGCCUGAGUGUCCUUCCAUCUUUACAGUCUGUUCUCCAGUCAGCUCCUGCAGUCUGGACCAUAGACCUCUCAGAGAGAAAGACCUCCAUCCUGCUGGAAGUGCUGAGACUCCAACCAGAGAAGAAACAAGUGGAGCUGACAGGCUGCUCAGGUGGAGAGAGUGAAGUGAGGACUUUGCUGCAGUGUCUGCCUUAUAUCUCACAGCUCAGUUUUGUGCCUCAGUCAUCAGAACCUUCAGGUGAACUCCAGUUCUUUGGGACUCUGUUCUGUGCAGCAGCAGAGAGAGAGCAGCAGACGGGAGAGAAGAAACUGCUGCUGUUGUUAUCAGUGUGCACAUAUCAAACAAUAACCUUAACCGACAUAGUAUCUUAUUAUUUUAAGAGGAACCCUCAGUGUGAUUUCCUGCUGGAUCUGGCCUCCCACCUGAAGGACUAUGAGACUGAAACAGGCCUGAGUGUCCUUCCAUUAUUCCAGUCUGUUCUCCAGUCAGCUCCUGAAGUCUGGACCAUAAACCUCUCACAGAGAAAGACCUCCAUCCUGCUGGAAGUGCUGAGACUCCAACCAGAGAAGAAACAAGUGAAGCUGAGAGGCUGCUCAUAUGGAGAGAGUGAAGUGAGGACUUUGCUGCAGUGUCUGCCUUAUAUCUCAAAGCUCAGUUUUGUGCCUCAGUCAUCAGAACCUUCAGGUGAACUCCAGUUCUUUGGGACUCUGUUCUGUGCAGCAGCAGAGAGAGAGCAGCAGACAGGAGAGAAGACACUGCUGCUGUUGUUAUCAGUGUGCACAUAUCAAACAAUAACCUUAACCGACAUAGUAUCUUAUUAUUUGAAGAGGAACCCUCAGGGUGAUUUCCUGCUGGAUCUGUACUCCCACCUGAAGGACUAUGAGACUGAAACAGGCCUGAGUGUCCUUCCAUCGUUACAGUCUGUUCUCCAGUCAGCUCCUGCAGUCUGGACCAUAAACCUCUCAAAGAGAAAGACCUCCAUCCUGCUGGAAGUGCUGAGACUCCAACCAGAGAAGAAACAAGUGGAGCUGAGAGGCUGCUCAGGUGGAGAGAGUGAAGUGAGGACUUUGCUGCAGUGUCUGCCUUAUAUCUCAAAGCUCAGUUCCUGGUUUGACGACUCAGGUGAACUCUCAGGUGGAGUCAAGUUCUUUGGGACUCUGUUCUGUGCAGCAGCAGAGAGAGAGCAGCAGACAGGAGAGAAGACACUGGAGCUGUUAUCAUCAGUGUGCACAUAUCCAAGAUUCCCUCUUCCUGGCAACCAGGGUUAUGGAGAAUAUAAGUGUGGUUUCCUGCUGGAUCUGUACUCCCACCUGAAGGACUGUGAGACUGAAACAUGCCUGAGUGUCCUUCCAUCAUUACAGUCAGUUCUCCAGUCAGCUCCUGCAGUCUGGAUCAUAGACCUCUCAAAGAGAAAGAGCUCCAUCCUGCUGGAAGUGCUGAGACUCCAACCAGAGAAGAAACAAGUGAGGCUGACAGGCUGCUCAGGUGGAGAGAGUGAAGUGAGGACUUUGCUGCAGUGUCUGCCUUAUAUCUCAAAGCUCAGUUUCAAGUAUGGAGUCUCAGGUGGAGUCAAGUUCUUUGGGACUCUGUUCUGUGCAGCAGCAGAGAGAGAGCAGCAGACAGGAGAGAAGACACUGGAGCUGUUAUCAUCAGUGUGCACAUAUCCAUCAUUCCCUUUUACUGACAAACAGGGUGAUGGAGAAUAUCAGUGUGAUUUCCUGCUGGAUCUGUACUCCCACCUGAAGGACUGUGAGACUGAAACAGGCCUGAGUUUCCUUCCAUCAUUACAGUCUGUUCUCCAGUCAGCUCCUGCAGUCUGGACCAUAGACCUCUCAGAGAGAAAGAGCUCCAUCCUGCUGGAAGUGCUGAGACUCCAACCAGAGAAGACACAAGUGAAGCUGACAGGCUGCUCAGAUGGAGAGAGUGAAGUGAGGACUUUGCUGCAGUGUCUGCCUUAUAUCUCAAAGCUCAGUUCCUGGUUUGACGACUCAGAUGAACUCUCAGGUGGAGUCAAGUUCUUUGGGACUCUGUUCUGUGCAGCAGCAGAGAGAGAGCAGCAGACAGGAGAGAAGACACUGGAGCUGUUAUCAUCAGUGUGCACAUAUCCAUCAUUCCCUUUUACUGACACACAGGGUUAUGAAGAAUGUCAGUGUGAUUUCCUGCUGGAUCUGUACUCCCACCUGAAGGACUAUGAGACUGAAACAGGCCUGAGUUUCCUUCCAUCAUUACAGUCAGUUCUCCAGUCAGCUCCUGUAGUCUGGAUCAUAGACCUCUCAGAGAGAAAGACCUCCCUCCUGCUGGAAGUGCUGAGACUCCAACCAGAGAAGAAACAAGUGAAGCUGACAGGCUGCUCAGAUGGAGAGAGUGAAGUGAGGACUUUGCUGCAGUGUCUGCCUUAUAUCUCAAAGCUCAGUUUUGUGCCUCAGUCAUCAGAACCUUCAGGUGAACUCCAGUUCUUUGGGACUCUGUUCUGUGCAGCAGGGAGAGCGCAGCAGACAGGAGAGAAGACACUGCUGCUGUUGUUAUCAGUGUGCACAUAUCAAACAAUAACUUUAACCGACAUAGUAUCUUAUUAUUUUAAGAGGAACCCUCAGUGUGAUUUCCUGCUGGAUCUGUACUCCCACCUGAAGGACUAUGAGACUGAAACAGGUCUGAGUGUCCUUCCAUCGUUAAAGUCUGUUCUCCAGUCAGCUCCUGCAGUCUGGUUCAUAGACCUCUCAGAGAGAAAGACCUCCAUCCUGCUGGAAGUGCUGAGACUCCAACCAGAGAAGAAACAAGUGGAGCUGACAGGCUGCUCAGAUGAAGAGAGUGAAGUGAGGACUUUGCUGCAGUGUCUGCCUUAUAUCUCAAAGCUCAGUUACUGUCCGUGGAUUGGAGUCUCAGGUGGAGUCCAGUUCUUUGGGACUCUGUUCUGUGCAGCAGCAGAGAGAGAGCAGCAGACAGGAGAGAAGACACUGGAGCUGUUAUCAUCAGUGUGCACACAUCCAUCAUUCCCUCUUCCUGACAAACAGGGUUAUGAAGAAUAUCAGAGUGGUUUCCUGCUGGAUCUGUACUCCCACCUGAAGGACUAUGAGACUGAAUCAGGCCUGAGUGUCCUUCCAUCUUUACAGUCUGUUCUCCAGUCAGCUCCUGCAGUCUGGUUCAUAGACCUCUCAGAGAGAAAGACCUCCAUCCUGCUGGAAGUGCUGAGACUCCAACCAGAGAAGAAACAAGUGGAGCUGACAGGAUGCUCAGGUGGAGAGAGUGAAGUGAGGACUUUGCUGCAGUGUCUGCCUUAUAUCUCACAGCUCAGUUUUGUGCCUCAGUCAUCAGAACCUUCAGGUGAACUCCAGUUCUUUGGGACUCUGUUCUGUGCAGCAGCAGAGAGAGAGCAGCAGACAGGAGAGAAGAAACUGCUGCUGUUGUUAUCAGUGUGCACAUAUCAAACAAUAACCUUAACCGACAUAGUAUCUUAUUAUUUUAAGAGGAACCCUCAGUGUGAUUUCCUGCUGGAUCUGGCCUCCCACCUGAAGGACUAUGAGACUGAAACAGGCCUGAGUGUCCUUCCAUUAUUCCAGUCUGUUCUCCAGUCAGCUCCUGAAGUCUGGACCAUAAACCUCUCACAGAGAAAGACCUCCAUCCUGCUGGAAGUGCUGAGACUCCAACCAGAGAAGAAACAAGUGAAGCUGAGAGGCUGCUCAGAUGGAGAGAGUGAAGUGAGGACUUUGCUGCAGUGUCUGCCUGAUAUCUCAAAGCUCAGUUCCUGGUUUAGAGACUCAGGUGGAGUCAAGUUCUUUGGGACUCUGUUCUGUGCAGCAGCAGAGAGAGAGCAGCAGACAGGAGAGAAGACACUGGAGCUGUUAUCAUCAGUGUGCACAUAUCCAAGAUUCCCUCUUACUGACAAACAGGGUGAUGAUGAUGAUGAUGAGUUUGAUUAUGAAGAAUAUCAGAGUGAUUUCCUGCUGGAUCUGUACUCCCACCUGAAGGACUAUGAGACUGAAACAGGCCUGAGUUUCCUUCCAUCAUUACAGUCUGUUCUCCAGUCAGCUCCUGCAGUCUGGAUCAUAGACCUCUCACAGAGAAAGAGCUCCAUCCUGCUGGAAGUGCUGAGACUCCAACCAGAGAAGAAACAAGUGGAGCUGACAGGCUGCUCAGAUGGAGAGAGUGAAGUGAGGACUUUGCUGCAGUGUCUGCCUUAUAUCUCACAGAUCAGCUGUGAUCCAGAGUUCUUCCAGAGAGUGAGUACGUUCAUCUCUGUCAGAUCCAGAGAGGAGGCUGAGAGGUUGGCCUCUCUGCUGCAGCUCUCAGGGUUCACCCUGCUGCUAUCAGGAGAGUUACCCAGGAAAACCUGCCUGUCUGUGGGGAGAGUUCUCCAGCUGUGUGGCUCUAAAGUGGAUCUCAUCCUCAAACCCAGAAAGAUGUCUGUCAAGGGAGCCUUUGCUCUCUUUAGACGAACAACACAACUACACAGUCUCAAGCUUUCUAACGACAUGGCCUUGCUGCUGGGUGGCUGGGUGAGGAGAUGGGGAGUGGUCUGUCAGGUGACUGUUGAAGAGCUUUCUCUCUCCCCUCAGACCGCCCAACCAUCACACAGAGUGUUGUUGAAGGUUGUCAGUAGCUUGGCUUCCCUGCUGAGAUACUGGGCAGUGAGACAGUUAGACCUGACUGAGGUCUGUGUUCCUGCUCUGGGUCUCACACCACUGCUGCUUCAUGAUGGCCCUCUCAAAAUCAAACUGAGUGAGAAGAAUGUCCAGCAGCUACUCUCCCUGCUCCAUGAACUCCAGGAUGAGGACUUGACCUGGUCCUUCUUGAGUAAGUUAGGAGGAGACCUGACCUCCUUCUCUCUGAACUGGGAGCUUCUCCAUCUUCUACUGCAGCAUCCAUCAGCUCAGACCCUCACUGUGAACAUGAGGAAGAACCUUUUCUUACAGGAGAACGUCACACGUCUGCUUCCCUACCUGGACAGGAUUGUGUUUAAAAGGCCCUGUCCCAGCUUUGUGUUGACUGCUAUCAGGGAGAUUUACAAAGCUCGAGCCAGUUCCAUUAUACCCAGUUUACUGAGGUCCUUGGAUCAUGUGAUCAACCUGACCUGCAGAGAGAUGUCAUCAGUGGACUGUGAUGCUCUGCUCUACACCCUCACACACAGUGAUGGAGUCAAACUGAACCUCCUGUGGACCUCCAUACCAGCAUGGAAAACACAGUCCAUCCUCUUGAACCUGGACAAAGUUUCUCAGCUCAGUGUUGACAGGAACCUGCUGCUGAGGAUGGUCCACGGCUGCGCUGCCUCUGAUGCCCAGCAGGGGGCCGCAGAGUCUCUGCUCAGGACUGUGCAGCACAGGCUGGAUCUGUCCUGCUCCUCCUGUGUGGAGCUGCCUGAGGAAGAUCAGAGUGACACUCUCCGUCUGACGGCUGAAGACUGCAGGGCCGUCUCCACCAUCCUGACACGCAGCAGACGGGGAACACAGCUCAUCCUGCAGGACUGUGAGGUUCAGGACAGCGGAUUAGAACUGCUGUUUCCUGUCUUACACAAAGUAAAACUCAGAGCCAGUAAAGCUGUCCUCCUGCAGCUGGUGUCCCUGGUUGCUGUGAACAGUGAGAGGGACACAGUGGGACGGGCAGUGUCCCUCUGCAAAGCCCUGGAGGGAGAGCUGGACCUCAGUCACAGCUCACUGGAUCAGAGGGCCUGUGCAGCCUUGGCCCUGAUGCUGGACUUCUCUGAAGAGCUGACAGAGCUGGACCUCAGUCACUGUCAGCUCACUGACCAGCUGCUGCUCACACUCAGCGCGCAGCUGCACAAAGUGCAAGUCCUCGAUCUGAGCCACAACAACAUCACUGAUGCUUCGACUGACCUCUUACUCCAACUGGUCUCCAUCAACCCCUCCAUUCACUCUGUGCGACUGUUCGAGAACAACAUUGUGGAGAGGACAUCCUUUGAGAAAGACAAGAAGUUUGAAAUAUGGUGACCCUCCGUCAGUGUGGGUAGAAUCUGCCAAUCAGGGAAUAACUGAUCUAUCUCUAACGAUCAUUACAUACUGACUCUGUGUAUGAUGGGAUCCGUUUACAUCCAUGACUUUUUGUUCUGGAGGUACUAUAGAUUAUUCAUUUAUGGUACGCAUAUUUAUUACUCUCCUAAUUGAACAUGGUUAAAUUAUUUGUGUGUGUCGUGUCAGAUUAUAAUUUGCAAGGGGAUGAAAUACUUAUAUCCCACCGUUAAAUGCAAAUCAAUUUUUAUCUUUUAUAUAAUGUCAAUUUCUGGAUUUGCUUUUUGAUAUUCUUACUCUCACUGUUCAAAUAAACCUACCAUUCAAAUGAUAGACUGUUCAUACCUUGUGGGCAAAGUUAGAACAACUGCAAGGGAUCAAAUCAUGAUUUCCUUCACUGUAUAUAGAUUAUGUUUUAUACUCUGAUUGCCUUUUACUCGGUUCAAUAGUAUUUUUAGUCCUAUAUGUUUAACAGAGACAUGUUGAGGAUUUACAUUUCAGGAAGGGCAAAAGGUGGAUUUUCAAAUGGUUAAAGAACUGGGGUUUAAUGGGUUAAUGAUUGGAUGUUUAGAUAAUGACUGAAGGAAAUGAUGGGUGGGACCAGGUGGAUAUUCUCCCUCUACUCUAUAAUGUGACUGUGAGCAGAACCUCUUUCUCCUCUGAGGAUCAAGCUGCUCUGUUCCUGCUUUUCAGAUCCAUUUCAAUUGCAUAUUUUAAUUCUUUUUUACUUUAUUAAAUAUAAAAAAAUACAA